AUGGCCCGAACAUCGCAGAAGCGUGGCAUUGUUUCGAAAGAUGGCCCAGCCAAACGCGUACGGGCAGCGAACGCUACGAGAAGGGCACAGCCCGCCAAAACGAACAAGCAGAGAACGGCAGCUGCAAGACGAAAAGCGCAAGGCGUCUCCCUAGCUCCCCCUUCCCCGUUAAACACCGCACCCACAACGGUGCUCGAUGUGUUUGUCUUUGGAACUGGCGAUGCCGGCGAGCUGGGCUUGGGUCCGGAGAUUGCGGAGGCGACGCGGCCACGGCUCAACCCGUUUCUCAGCGCGGCGUCUGCACCGGCGACAGGCACCACCUCAUUUGACAUCGUGCAGCUCGCUUGCGGCGCCAUGCACUCGGUGGCGCUGACGCGCGACAACCGGAUCGUGACGUGGGGCGUCAACGACGGCGGCGCGCUCGGCCGAAACACAGACUGGGAGGGCGGGAUGACAGAGCUCAACGAGGGCGACAGCGACAGCGACAGCGACGCUCAAGGGGCAUCGCUGAACCCCCAUGAGUCCACCCCGACUGCCAUUGAUCCGAGCAGCUUCCCUGCGGGCACCGUCUUUACGCAGGUGGCGGCGGGUGACAGCUGCAGCUUUGCGCUGACCGACACGGGGCUUGUCUACGGCUGGGGCAUGUUCCGCACGAGGGACGGGCAAGAGUUUUUCUUACCACAUCCGACGACGGGCCAGGUCGGUGAGAAACAGCGCGUGCCGGUGCGCAUCCCCGGACUGCAGGGCAUUACCCAGAUCGUAGCCGGCGCAAACCACGCGCUCGCUCUGCAGGGCCGCGCAGGCGGGCCGCGCCAGACACGGGCAAAAACAGGAGCAGGAACAGGAACAGGAACAGGGGCAAGAAACCCUGUCCACGUUUGGGCGUGGGGAAGCAAUGACAUGGACCAGCUUGGCCGCCGCCUCGUGCGCCGCCGCCGCCCGCUGUACAAGGACGAUGUGGUUCUCGAUGCCGCCGCGGAGCCGGUCCUGGUCGAGAUGCCCGGCAGGGCCGCCGAGGACAUCGCCCUGGUGGCCGCGGGCGAGUACCACGCCUUUGCCGUCGGCGCGAGCGGUCGCGUGUGGGCCUGGGGCCUCAACACGUUUGGCGAGACGGGCGCGGCCCCGGACGAGCUGCGACGCCGCGGUGCCGACGCCUCACCAACCAUACCAGGGCCGACGCAGGUCGCCGCGCUGGCGGGCGAGCGCGUCGUGGCCCUCGCUGGCGGCGGCCACCACUCGACCGCGGUCACGGCCGACGGCCGUUGUCUGGUCUGGGGCCGCAUCGACGCUGGGCAGCUGGGCAUGGCCCUCGCCGAGCUGGAAGCGGCCGACGCCGCAGCGCGAGACCCAGCCCACCGACGGCUCCUGCGCGACGAACGCGGCCGGUCACGCGCUUGUCUCUUGCCCGCCACCGUCAACCUCAAUCUCGGCACGGCCACGGCCGCGGACACGACAGCGGUCGCCGUUGCCUGCGGCACGGACCACACAAUCAUUGUGACCGCGGCCAGCCCACACGGUGUUUUUGGUGCCGGCUACAACGGCCAAGCGCAGCUGGGCAUUGGCGGCGGCGAGGACGAUGACGAUGAAGUGCCCGUGGCCACGUGCCUCCGCAGCAAAACGCUGCGUAGCCGGCGCUUGACUUGGGCCGGCGCUGGCGCUCAGUAUUCCAUGGUGGCGGGGCCUCGGCCGGGGUAA